AUGGUGCGUCGCCGGAGCAGAGAAGGCGGCCGGGGCCGGAGCCUGAGCCUGAGCCUGGGCUGGCCUGCGUGCUGCCUCGGCUUCCUGCUCAAGCUGCUCGCCUUCCUCCAGGCCUUCGCCGCCGUCUCCGCCCUCCUCUACGCGGCAUGGAUGCUCUCGCGCUGGGCGCGCCACCACCAGCUCCACCUCAGCGACCUCCUAAGCCCGGACCUCUGGUUCCCGUCGCUCGUCAUGGCGGCGGGGCUCAUCUACUGCCUCCUGCUCCUCGCGGGUUACCUGGCAGCCGAGAUCAACACCGGAUGCUGCCUCUGCUUUUACACCAUCCCGGCCAUGGCUAUGAUGCUGCUCGAAGCCGCUCUCGCCGCCCAUCUCGCGCUCAACCAGCACUGGAUUCAGGACCUGCCAGAGGACCGCACGGGAGAGCUCCACAACUUACUCUCCUUCAUCCAUAAUAACCUCGACCUAUGCAAAUGGGCUGCUCUUGCCAUCUUCGCCACGCAGGCACUCUCACUUCUCCUGGCUAUGAUUUUACGGGCCAUGCUGUCUGCCCGGACCGUGGACUACGACAGCGAUGAAGACUUUGUGGUUAUACGGAGGCCACUCCUGGUUGCCCAAGCUCCUGCACCUUACCUCCCUACCACCGUUGAUACCAGAGGUGCCUGUCCUGACCUCUGGAGCUCAACAAUGAGACACAAGUAUGGCUUGAACACGAGCGACUACACCUACAACACACUGGAUGCAAAUGCAGCACCGCCUCAGUGA